GAAAGUGCAUUUAAUGCACAACGGUCGACGUAUUUGAAGAAUAUUUAAUGUAUUUAAAGUCGAAGUACCAAAGCCAGCUCAAAGUUUUGCAGCUGGCUCUCGAGAAAAACAGAAUGGGCUGCAAUUCUGCAAAGCCAGUUGUGGAAAUGGUAAGCCGGCUUUACAGAGCCGGCUCUCCUGACAAUCUUACAACUCGAGCUUUGCGUCCUACAGGGCAUUUAAUGACCCCCAACGGCUAGAAACGACUAUUUUCGGGCAAGGGACCAUAAAUAUGGUUGGUAACAGAUCUGAAGAAGUUUAGAGAACAUUGCAUUGAAUAUCUUUACCUACCUACUUGAGCUUUAACUUGAGUUUUUUGAUCUUUGAGUGAUCAUUGCUUAUAAUCCUCUUCUUGUUCUAUUAGUGUAUGUUCUUGGGGGUGUGAUUAUUCCUUCAAGAGUGCUCUAUUGAGAGGAUUUGUGGGGUUUACAUUGUAAAGGGGUGAGGUUUGAGAGAAAUACUCAUCUUCUUGUAAAAGGAUUGAGUGGCUCCUUUAAGCCACCCUUGUCUUUCUUAGUGAAGAGUGUGGAGGAAAUCCUUGGUGAGUGAAGCCAAGGUAGAGGACUAGGCUCCAAGUGGUUGGACCGAACCUCCAUAAAUUCAUUGUGCAAGC